AUGCUAGAGUCGAUGACUACCGAGGCUCUCAACUUGGAAGACGCCCGUUUCUUCUUGUCACUUGAAGAGACCCGCUUGGACCGAGCCGCCGCGCAUCACCGGCUGCGUUUCGUUAUUAACCCUCGCAUCGGCUCCGACACGGCUUUGAGUAAGUUCAUCUACGCUUCUCGCCUGUACGAUCUGUAUUCAGACCUCACUGCGACAGCGUCUGGCGACGCGUCUUUGGAGCCACUGUUUUCGGCCUUCGCAGCACCUUCAUCGCGUGAGUGGUGGCCGGCUGACAGCGACGUCAGGGGAGUCACCGAUGGCCUAUGCAAACUACAGCGAGUCUACGAAGUGUCAGUCGCACGAAUAGUGUCCAUGAUUGAUCGUCGGCUACAGCCUCUUUUGCCGCGAGACUUCAUCAUAGUCGCAAGAGGCUGCUACGCAAAAGCGACGCACGGUAACACAACAGCCUGGUCUGAACAAGCACUCGCUCGAGCACGGUACACGCAAGGUGGCCUCAGUAAAGUUGAGUUGGGGCUUUCGUGGCUUCAGGUCAACGACGCUAGGCGCGCGGCCUUGAAAUCAAAGUACCAGCACCUGUACCCUGCCCCGCCAGAAACUGACGUGGACGAAUACAAGCCAGUGUGCGUGGAAAAAGGUGAUUUUCGAACGACUAAGGCUGAACUCACUUGUGUCCUGUGGACUGGCGAUGGAGAUCCUCGGUUAAUACUUGCGCCACUCAAGGUGGAAGUGUUGUCCCAAACGCCUCGCGUCGUGGUAUUCGCCGACUUCCUCAAUCCGUCUGAACUGGCCUACAUGCAGGACUCUGGGCGUACAGGUUUGCAGCGAGGAAGCAUAUAUGACUGGGAAAAUCCAUCAGGAAUAACCAGUUACAGGCGCAUCAGCAAGGUGUCCUGGCUAUGGGACACUAAGCACCCUUUCCUUAAUUCAUUGGGUCGUCGCAUCGGCAUGGCGUCUGGACUCUCUUUGGAAUCAUCCGAACCUUACCAGGUGGCUAACUACGGUCUCGGUGGACACUACACGCCGCACGACGACGCCAAUAGCUUCGACCAGAUCGCGGACGAGUGGGACACGGGCAGCGGCAACCGUGUGGCCACCAUGCUGCUCUAUCUGACAGACGUCGCGUUAGGUGGUGCCACAGCAUUCACUCAUCUGAAGCUGGCCGUGAAACCUCGGCGUGGCUCGGCACUCUUCUGGUACGACCUGGCACCGUACUCGGGUAACGACAGACCCAUACACUUUUCCUUCUGGCACCAGAGGAAAACAUUGGAAGUGCUUACAAAACACGUCGGUUGCCCCGUUUUGUGGGGUACCAAGUGGAUAGCCACAAAAUGGAUUCGCGAGCGCAACAAUGUGGUGGUUCGCUUUGAUUACCCUGGGUAA